AUGGCACAGCACAAUGAGGAAUCUAGUCCACCCAUUUCUAAGAGCCCACGGGCAGAAUCGCCGCUCUACACACAUGCGAACGGGUCAGCGACUGUACGACAUUCAGGUUUGCGGACAGAGUUGAAUCCCGACGGAACCUCCCAUGAUUUUGCACACUCUCCCACCGCGUCUAAUGUCAAUACGAGCAAGUCCCCCAUCGAAGCGCCAGACUAUUUGAAUAGAGGCCACCCGCACGACGGAGAAAUUGUGGUGAACGGCUCUGCGACCGACAAUGUCACGUCUUCCGUAAGACAUUCGGCGCUGAAACCACCCGCAACUUUCAAAGAUGCCACAGCACCAGCAGCAACAACAGCAGGCACUGCAACACCACCCGGACGAAGAAGUGUACAGUUUGUAAGGCCGGAUUAUACCGCUGGUGGUUCAGGUCAUAACAGACAAGAUUCAUGGGGCUUGGCGGAAGAUGGCGACGCGGCUGGCAGGGACCGCAGAGGCCAGUCUUUGAUGUCAAAGUUGAAGGCAUUGGCUUCUACAAGCGGGUUGCAGACACAUAUGAGAAGUCAGAGCAAUCCUACGAAUUACGGCGAGGAUGGCACAGGAUCCGCUCCACUCUCACCAAGCGCAGACCGUCUGAAUCGAUUUCCACACACAUUACAAGAGGAAGAUAGUGAUGCUGAUGCGGAGGAGACCGCUGAUGAAAAUGCUGCAGCUGAUGUCAAAAGAACCAAACGGAAACGCCGAAUGCGAAAGUUUCAAGACAAUGAAACCAACGGUCAAAGUCAAACGGUUCCAAAUACACCAAGAGCUCGUGGCAUGGGGAAUGCAGAUUCUCCUGGUGGGAGCAGUCGGCCUUAUCCUUUCCUGAGUCGACGGGCUACGGAUGGUUCAUUGGAACAGCGGGGGCACUUGUCUGAAGGCGAAGGUCGAGAUCGACUCAAUCAAAGUGGUUGGAGGCGGGGAAGCUCAUGGUUAUCUGGGCCUCGUGGCUUGACAAAUUCCGGUGGAAACACUCCAGGUGAUUUUGAUGGAACCGCAACACCACGGAGACCAAGCAAUUUUAGGCGCGCGUUGACUGGAUUUGGAGGUGGUCAGAGCGAAGGCGAGAAUACCACGCCAAGGCGACCUUUCCUGGCUGGCGAGCGGGCUGCUACUUUCGGGGCCCAAAGAUGGCGAAUGCUCAAGCAUGGUUUGAAGCUUUUAGGGUCGGCGAAGGAAAAGGAGCACAGGCAUGAUUAUAUUAAAUCUACUGAGCUGAUGGCUGAACUACGUGCUGGAACUCCAGCUGUACUCAUGUUUGCGAGUAUGAUUCAAAGGGACGAUCACGGAAACAGGAGGAUACCAGUCAUUCUUGAACAGAUCAAGUUGCGUGUCACCGAUAGCAGACCUAGUAUCGAAGACCCCGGUGAUAAUGAGAGGCACCUUGUUUUCAGAAUUGAGCUAGAGUACGGAAAUGGCCUAAAUAGGAUGUCGUGGGUUAUUGAUCGUUCGCUGCGAGACUUUUCAAACCUACAUAUACGGUAUAAGAUUCAAGGACGCAGCGACAGGUUGAACCCAACCAACACCACUGCAAGAACGAAGAAAGCGAAGCAACCUCGAUUUCCAAAAUCGGCUUUCCCUUAUUUCCGAGGCUUCCGAGGGUUGGGCGACAGUGAUGAGGAAGAGGAUGAAGCAGAUCCCAUCCGCGUGGAUGAAACCGUGGGUGAAGCUACGCAUAGCGAAACCGAGCCAAAAAAGAAGAGCAAGCGACGACCUUCAUUCAGCAGCUCAAGAAAGAAAUCCAUCGUGGCAGGACCAAAUGCGGCAGCUGGAGGCGUGCAGGGAACAAAACAAUACAAUGAGAGGCAACGACGAAGGCUAGAGCAGUAUCUUCAAGAAAUGAUCCAUUGGCUCAUUUUCCGACCCGAUAGCAACAGACUUUGUAGAUUUUUGGAACUUUCUGCUUUAGGAGUCCGGCUGGCUGCUGAAGGUAGCUACCAUGGCAAGGAGGGCUUUCUAGUCAUCCAAUCUUCGAAGGGCUUGGAUUUCAGACGACUGCUGACUCCAAAAAAUGUCUUCGCACGGCACUCACCCAAAUGGUUUUUAGUGAGACAUAGCUAUAUCGUUUGCAUCGAUUCUCCCGAAAAUAUGCACAUUUACGACGUUUACUUAGUAGACCCCAAGUUCGAAAUACAAAAGAAACGUCGAAAAAUCACCGAGAUGGGCGGCAAAGAGCUCCUAGCUAAAGCCGAAUCGUCCGCCAAACACCCACAGCACCACAGUCUGAAGCUACAGAAUUCCGAACGCAAGAUUAAGCUUCUGGCAAAGAACGAGCGUCAACUUAGGCAAUUUGAAGAGUCUUUGACAUACAUGGUGGGCAACACGCCCUGGGCUAAAGAAAAUCGCUUUGGAAGUUUCGCCCCUGUUCGAACCGGUGUAUACGCGCAGUGGUUAGUGGACGGCAGAGACUACAUGUGGAAUGUCUCAAGAGCCAUCAACAUGGCUAAAGACGUGAUCUACAUUCACGAUUGGUGGCUUAGUCCCCAACUAUACAUGCGAAGGCCUGCCGCGAUUAGUCAAAAGUGGCGAUUGGAUAGAUUGCUCCAGAGAAAGGCCCGAGAAGGCGUUAAGGUUUUCAUUAUCAUUUACAGGAAUGUCGAAGCUGCUAUCCCAAUCGAUUCCGAGUUCACCAAAUUCUCUAUGCUUGACUUGCACCCGAACAUCUUCGUACAGCGGUCGCCCAAUCAAUUUAAGAAGAAUCAGUUCUUCUUCGCACAUCACGAAAAAAUCUGCAUCGUUGACCACACUGUUGCCUUUGUAGGUGGUAUCGAUCUCUGCUUUGGCCGUUGGGAUACACCGCAACACUCCGUCGUGGAUGAUAAGCCAACUGGGUUUGAGCAGUCGGACUUGCCAAAAGAUGCUGAUCAUUGUCAGCUGUGGCCUGGAAAAGACUACUCCAACCCCCGAGUCCAGGAUUUCUACCAAUUAAAUGAGCCAUAUGCUGAGAUGUAUGAUCGUUCUAAGGUUCCUAGGAUGCCAUGGCACGAUGUUUCUAUGCAGGUCGUUGGUCAACCCGCCCGAGACUUGACCCGCCAUUUCGUCCAAAGAUGGAACUACGUGCUUAGAGGACGAAAGCCCACAAGACCAACGCCAUUUUUGCUUCCACCGCCUGAUUACAAACCAGAAGACCUCGAGGCUCUCGGCCUCACGGGUACUUGUGAAGUUCAGAUUUUGCGAUCAGCCUCAGACUGGUCUCUUGGAGUCACAGAAACCGAGCACAGCAUCAUGAAUGCAUACUGCAAAAUGAUUGAGGAAUCGGAGCACUUCAUUUAUAUUGAAAAUCAGUUCUUCAUCACUAGUACUGAAACGAUGAACGUCAAGAUUAUCAAUAAAAUCGGAGACGCUAUAGUUGAACGAGCAGUCCGUGCCUUUCAAAACAAUGAAAGUUGGAGAUGUGUUAUAGUCAUCCCCUUAAUGCCUGGUUUCCAAAAUACGGUGGAUGAGCCCGAGGGUACUAGUGUUCGAUUGAUCAUGCAGUGCCAAUUCCGCAGUAUCUGUCGCGGAGAGGGCUCCAUCUUUGGCCGUUUGAGAAGCCAGGGAAUUGAGCCAGAGGAUUUCGUCUCAUUCUACAGUCUGCGAUCGUGGGGUAGAAUUGGCCCUAAGAAGACGCUGGUCACUGAGCAGUUGUAUAUCCACGCCAAGGUCAUCAUUGUCGAUGAUCGAAUUGCGCUGAUUGGUUCAGCUAACAUCAACGAAAGAUCUAUGUUGGGUAUCAGGGAUUCCGAGUGUGCUGCUGUAGUUCGCGAUACCGAUAUGCUUUGGUCGACUAUGGAUGGAGAACCAUAUCUCGUGGGACGCUUUGCUCAUACAUUGCGCAUGCGACUGAUGAGGGAGCAUCUUGGGAUUGAUGUUGAUGAAGUCAUGGAGGACGAUCGAAGAGCAGAGCUUGACAAAGAGGAAGACGAAUACGAAUCAAAGAUGGACAACAUCUACAGAGAGGAUGACUCCGAUUCCGAUUGGGGAAUGGCUAGACCUGCAGUACAACCUCUAACCCCCGACCAAGCCGCAAGGAUUGCCAAUGCAGAACGCAGCCUCAGUUUCAAUCAUGAUAUUGAUUGGGAACAAGAAGACAAUCCUAAUCUUCAACCAAGCAGAUUCAAGGGGGUCACCAGCGACAAUAGAGUCACUGGGAACAAGGAACAUGCUGCCGAAGUCGAUGGGGAGGGUGAAGAUCAACUAAAGGCUGCCGAGCAAACUGGGACUGUUCGUGGGCGGGACUCGAAAGUAGUGGAUGGAGGUCGAGAAGUGCUGAUUGCAGAUAUCGCACCAGAGGGUAAAGGAACUGUGAACCAUCCAAAAAAGCGCCACACUCGCAUUUCUUCACCUCAUUAUGAUCACGGGCUCGAAGGGCAUGGCACUCAUGACGUCCUUCCACCUAUGCCUGGGCUAUUCAGAAGGACCACAGAGCAAAUGGGUCUGCCUCAGCUAUCUCAACUUCCUUCCCUUCCUAUCAUUGAUGAUACAGAUAUUGGCGGGCCGCCUGUCCAAGUAGACUCCCAUGGGAAUGCUGCGCCGAAGGCCUUCAACCCUGUGACUGCCGAUCUCAAACUCGCUCAGGUUGAUAAAGAUUGCAUGCGGGAUCCUCUGAACCUUUCUUUCUUCGAACAUACCUGGCGUCUGAUUGCGGAAAACAAUACGAAGAUAUUCAGGCGGGUCUUCCGAUGCAAUCCCGACAGUGAGGUCACCAACUGGCAUGAGUACACACAAUUUAUUGCCUACGCCGAGAGAUUUGCCCAGUCUCAGGGAGUCAAGAGCACAGAGCGUGAGGAACAGGAAACGGUUAGCAAAAGUGGACCCCCUGGAAUAUCAGCGACAGCGACAACGACAGCAGCAGUGGCAGCAUCGGUCACUGGUGUAGGUGCAAUUGGGCAAGGACUCAGCAGCAUCGCCGAGAAAUUUAACACACACUCCAAUGACAGUCACCAUCCACUUGGCACUGUGGCAGACUGGGCAGACAAUGCCAGCAAGGGACUUGAGCCUCUUGACACCAGCAACACCAAGAACACUCAAAUCAAUGGCCAGGUCGAUGGGAUAGAUGAGAAAGCCGCUCUAGGCAGAUCAGAUGAAGCCGCAUCUCCAGAACAACCAACCGGGAAUGAGGCAUUCCCCUCUCUGGACUCUACCCUGAACCCCCCGCACUCAGAUGCAGAAAAAGCCACAGAACCUGACGCUAGGAGAGUCACAGUUUCUUCCUCGACGCCAUCAGAUAAGGCCCCGUCCUCGCAAAUUAAUCAGAACUCCAUGAAGAAGCGUCGCCGAGGGACGAAAGGCAGCCGAAGAGGCUUUAAUGCUAGCGAUGACUUACUCAGUUCAAGCGAUGUUGAAGAGUUGCUCAGCAUGAUUCAAGGACACCUUGUUUCAUUCCCAUAUGACUGGCUGAUCAAAGAGGAGUUGAAUUCAAAUUGGCUCUACCAGGUAGAUCAAGUAGCCCCUCUACAGAUUUACGAUUAA